UUGGACCCAGUGAUGUAAUGGUAUAUCUAUACAUCGUUGGAUGUGUUUGCCGUUGUGCACUCAAUAAUUGAUCUUUUUUUCUUUUUACCCUGAAGAAUUUGAUGAGUUAUUCAGUUGAUCUGGCAUGGCUUCUGGUGGUAGAAACGAAGCUAAUUUAAGUGGCAACCUGGUCCCGUUAGCGAAACUUAAUGAUCGUGCGUCUUCCGUUUGUCACCUUGUAUUAAAGAAUGGCGAAGAAAUUAUUCGUCAAGCAACUGGUUUUCUUGGCCAAUUUAAGAUUGAUAGUGUUUAUAAACCAGUUAUUAUUACAAACAAUCAUUUCGUAUCCAAAAAACAGACUGCAGCAUCAGUCUUUGCAACAUUCAAAUUUGAUGGAAGAGUGGAUUGUAAAGAAGUGCAUCUUGAUCCUGAAAUAUUCUUUCAAACUAAUAAGGAGCUUGAUUAUACAUUUAUUGGGGUGAAGCAAGCGGAUAUAGAGGAGCUUCAGAGGAAAUUUCAAGUGACACCUUCAAAGAUAUCUAAAAAAAAAAUACGUGUCAAUGAAAAUAAAACUGAUAUUGUAUAUAUUGUUCAACAUCCUAAAGGGAAGCCAAAGAGAAUUAGUGCAUCCCCCAUUUGUAAACUUGACGAGAAUGAUGUUUAUUAUUUGGCUGAUACCGACGAUGGCUCGUCUGGUUCUCCUGUUUUCUUCUGUAAAAAAGGCGAAGUGUAUGUGUUAGCUGUACACAAAAUUGGUGGGACUACGUUAGACAAUGGGCAAAAAGCAAAUCGAGGAGUUUUGGUGUCUUCUGUGUUGGAAAAUGUCUAUCGAGAGCUCGGAAUUGAAUCCACCGCUUCGACUACAAACCAAAAUUCAGAUAACAGUGAUCAUGAAGAAGCUGGAUGUUUUGCUCCAUUUACUACACAAGGCCAGCCUGUUGUACAACCUAGUGUUGUCUCACAACAAGAUUCUCGUGAUGGAGGUCAUUCAAUUGUGAGUUCGCCAAAUGGUAAUGACCCUUCUUCUUCGUCUGAUUUUCCGAGCUUACAAAAUUUAAAGAAGACUUUAGAUCAGCCCACUUGUGACUCAGCUGUUGCUGUGUGUAAUCGUCCAUUUGAACCGAGGGAAUUGUAUCGCAUCGCUGAAAGAAUAUGUGGUGAAUGGGAAAAAGUUGCCAUACUCACCGGUUUAUUCAAAAAGUGGGAGAUCGACAACAUUGCCCACAACACUACACUGCAUUCACCUUCAAAGAAAUCCAAUCAAAUGUUGUCAAAUUACAAGGCACGGAAAGGAACUCGAAUAGAACUUGCUACGGCUAUAAAGGAGGCUGGUUUUUUAGAUGUAGCCCAAAAGGUUCAAUCAGGAUUUUAUAUUGAUUACGUUGAUUAAUUUUCUCUCAGUAGAUUUUAUCGUGUAAUCUAUUUUUAUCAUUUCGAUUUUAAAUCUAAUCUCCCACUUCGAGGUAAAAGAGAAGAACAUUUUUUAAUAUUUCACGACGUCUUCGCCAAUUUAUUAAAUUAAUGAUAAAUAUGCAUGUAAUGACAAUCAAUAAUAAUCGCACUCUUUUUAUAUAAGAACCAAACUUAUAAGAACAUUGAGGCUGAAUUUUCCCAAAAAUUCAAGUGGUAGAAAGAAUCCAGAAUUAUUUCAUUUGCUCGUUUAAGUGAAUUUAAUCAAUCUGAUUUCAUUGUUUUAUUCAUCUAUAUUUUACCUCAAAACUUUUCAUGUAGAGAAUCCUUUAAUAAAACUCCUGUGAACAUUUUUGAA